CUAAUGGUUUUUGAUGCUGAAACUGGUUGAGGAUGUGAGCCUCUAGCUCAAAUGCAUUUUGGGUAAUCUUAGUGGUUCGCGUGGGGAGGGUAUGUUCAAGCGCUCGACUUCUGCGUCCUAGUAGUAAAUAAACACACAAGCCUUCUUUAUCAGUUAACACAAUCAGACCUGGCAGCUAGCGAACAGCCGUAUUCUGUCUCGUGCUGUGAGCUAAUAGCUAAGGGAAGCUAACACAUUCUUAAACACGUCGCCGGCGACCCAGAUCUGUUGGCAAUCGGAAAGGAAGCAGAUUUGAUCCAUCAUCUAACGGGAAGGAAACGGGGUUGAGUGGAGAGGGAAAAUGGACAAGCAGUUUUUUGGAGGAGUUGCCGGUGGAGAUAGCACUGCGCAGCCGGGAGUAGCGAAUCGAAACAACAAGCCUCGGACGCUUGCCACCUCUGGAUCGAAACAGGAUAGCUUGGAGACAUUGGACAGUCCUACAGGUUCUCAUGUAGAGUGGUGUAAGCAGCUGAUCGCAGCCACCAUCUCCAGCCAGAUAUCAUCUGUACCCCCAGACACUGCAUCCGGAGACUGCAAGGUUUGGAGGAGGACAGAUCUCCCAAGGGUGUCCAAGAGGCCUGUUCUGAGGGACUCUAUGGAAGGGGGACAUAUUUACCAGGGCAACAGUGACUCUGAGCUUCCCCCCAAUGCUUUGGCUCCAAGAGACGGAAGCAAGCAGGUCCAGAUGGAUGAGGUUCCGCUGGUACCGGGAGAGACCAUCAAGGCUGUGGCCAAGGAUGUGAUGUACAUCUGUCCCUUCACGGGCUUGGUGACCGGAACCCUCACCAGCACCAACUAUAAACUAUACUUUAUCAGUCUGGAGAGGGAUACUCCGUUUAUCAUGGAUGUGAACCUGGGAGCCAUCAGCCGUCUAGAGACCAUCAGUGUUCAGAGUCAUGGAGAGAACACACGGGGCAUGGAGAUAGUCUGUAAGGACAUGCGUAGUCCCAGGUUUGCCUAUAAGGAGGAUGCCAGCCAACCAGAGAUAGUGGAGGUUCUAGCCAAACACACCUUCCCCCUAUCAAAUGACCUGCCCCUGUUUGCCUUCCUGUAUAAGGAGGAGUUUCCUGUGGAUGGGUGGAAGGUGUAUGACCCCAUUGCUGAGUACAAGAGACAGGGUCUCCCCAACGAGAGUUGGACCAUCAGUAAGAUGAACAGUAGUUAUGAGGUGUGUGACACCUACCCUGCCCUGGUCGUCAUCCCCAGCAGCAUCAAGGACGACGACCUCAAACGGGUGGUGUCCUUUAGGGCUAGGCACCGUAUACCGGUGUUAUCAUGGAUCCACCCGGAGAGCCAGGCCACUAUAGUCCGUAGCAGUCAGCCUUUAGUCGGCCCCUCUGACCGGCGCUGUAAGGAGGACGAGCGAUACCUCCAGACCAUCAUGGAUGCCAACGCUCAGUCUCACAAACUCACCAUCUUCGACGCCCGGCAGAGCAGCGUGGCAGACAACAAUAAGGCUAAGGAUGGUGGUUAUGAGAGUGAGAGUUUCUAUCCAAAUGUAGAACUCAACUUCCUUGAGAUCCCCAACAUCCACGUGAUGAGAGAGUCACUGAGAAAACUAAAAGAAGUGGUGUACCCUACUAUAGAUGAGGCUCACUGGCACUCUGCAGUCGACCAGACACACUGGCUAGAGUAUAUACGGCUGCUCCUGGCGGGUGCGGUGCGUAUAGCUGACAGGCUGGAGUCUGGGAAGACCUCUGUGAUGGUCCACUGUAGUGAUGGGUGGGACCGGACGGCUCAGCUCACCUCUCUGGCCAUGCUGAUGCUGGACAGCCACUACCGCACCCUGAGGGGAUUCCAGGUGCUGCUGGAGAAGGAGUGGAUCAGCUUCGGACACAAGUUUGCCGCGCGUGUGGGUCAUGGGGAUGAUAACCAUGCCAACUCAGAGAGAUCGCCUCUCUUUAUCCAGUUUAUAGACUGUGUCUGGCAGAUAAAUAGACAGUUCCCUGCAGCGUUUGAGUUUAAUGAGUUGUUCCUGAUAACCAUUCUGGAUCACCUCUAUAGUUGUCUGUUUGGUACGUUCCUCUACAACAGCGAACAGGAGAGAGUGGCCAAGGAAGUCCAGACUAAGACAGUCUCUCUAUGGUCCUAUAUCAACAGUCAACCAGAGGACUUCACCAACCCGUUCUAUGUGGACUAUGAGCACCACGUCUUGUACCCUCUAGCUAGCAUCAGACACCUGGAGCUGUGGACCGGCUACUACGUACGAUGGAACCCCCGUAUGAGGCCACAGAUGCCGGUGCACCAGAACCUGAAGGAGUUGUUGUUCCUGAGAGCAGAGUUACAGAGGAAGGUAGAGGAGUUGGAGAGAGAAGCAUCUUCAUCACGCGGCUCUCUCUCUUCUUCAUCAGAACACACGUCAUCACCCUCACACAGCGGGGGCACGCCCCUACACACCAUUGUCUAAUACAGUACACACACACCACCGUCUGAUACACACACACACCUGAAUGCAGUACCCAACACAGAACUGGACACAGACAUGUAAUCACUUGUUUGUUCGUCUUCGUAUUCCUGAAUCAGUUUUUCACAUCAAGUGUUUUUAUCAUAAAGAACGAGGAAGAGUUUUACUUGAGAAAAUAGGUACACAGUUGUCAAAGUUUCAUAAUUUUUUUGUAUUUAAAUAAGAGAAAAUAAAUGGGGUAAUGAAAUUGUUGAAAAAGUAUUGAGAGAAAGAAAGCACCAUAGAAUUUUGUGCGUAUUUUGUCUAACAUAGAAUAUGUAAAUAUGAAUAGAUUGAACUAACAUAUUUCUACCUACCAAAAGUAUUAAACACCUUGCCAUUGACAACAGUUUCCAAUAUUAUAAAUAUGUUGAAUUUAAUUCAUAGACGAUGUGUAGAAAUAUGAAAUAUCAAGUGCACUUUUUUUAAACUAACACAUUCGAGUAAGCAUGUUAUCAACUUGAUCAUUAAGGACGCGUCCCAAAUGGUACCCUAUUUACCCUGAUCAAAAGUUGUACACUAUGUAGGGAGUAAGGUGACAUUUGGGACACAACCUAAAUAAGCUGUCUCACUCUCUCACUACUACUACUUAACCUGAUCCAGCUGUGCAAUAACUGGUACCUUGUAAUAUAAUGUGUCCCCUCUUCCUGUCCGUCCCUUUUAAUGUGCCCUGACUGGAGGUUUACCUUUGUGUAUCAUGUGUUCCUAUCAACACGUUCCAUUGAAAGUCUGUGCAGUUUCUUUAAAAAAAUAAUAAUAAUCUUUGCCUUUCUA